AUGCACAAUACAGACGCCUUAUCGCAGAUUCUUCACUUUAAAAAUAUAGUUUACACAUCCUCGAUGAUUGAAGUUAAAUGUUGUGACAGAGUUAUCGAUAAAAGGAUUUCGCAAAGCAAAACAAACCCGGGUCGAGCUUACUAUAAAUGUUUUCAUUGUGGAUAUUUUGAAUGGGAAGAUAAAAUAAUCGAGAUAAAUAGAAAUCUUCGGGAUACUACAUUAAUUUCAAACAGAGAAAUACCCGCUUCUAUAACUACUCAGAAGGCUCCACAAAACCUAACCAAUGGACUAACUAAUGGAUUAACCAAUGGACCAACUAAUGGACUAACCAAUGGACUAACCAAUGGACUAACUAAUGGACUAACCAAUGGACGAACUACCAAUGGACUAACUAAUGGACUAACCAAUGGAUUAACCAAUGGAUUGGUCAACAGCCAUUUUACAGCGAAUUUGGAUAAUAAUAUUAACUCGUCUAGAGAGAGUGAGAUCAUCCCUACGGCGUUGGGUGAUAGUUCAUUUAGACAAAGUGCGGUGGUCGUUACACCAGCAAAUGAAGAUCUAGCCAGACAUGAAAGAUUAAUUAAAGCAAAAAAGGCAGAGAACGAUUUUUUAAGAAAAGAGAAUGAAAAAUUUAAGAAUGAGAAUGAAAAAAUUAAGAAUGAAUAUGAAAAAAUUAAGAAUGAAUAUGAAAAAAUUAAGAAUGAAUAUGAAAUAAUGAAAAAUGAAUAUGAAAAAAUGAAGAAUGAAAAUGAAAAAAUGAAGAAUGAAAAUGAAAAAAUGAAGAAUGAAAAUGAAAAAAUCAAACAAAUAAAUGAUUCAUUAGAAAAGGGUAAACUAGAGCUUUCUGAAAAAGUUAAGUUUUUAGAAAACGCUGAGCUAAAAAAGAAGGGUACUGUUAUCGAGACUCGGGAUAUAAAUCAACUAAGAUUACAAAACAAAGAAUCAGAAAAUAAAAUUUCCGAUUUAAACGGUAAAAACGCUCAACUAAUGCGUACCAACGAUGAUUUAACUACAAAAUUAGUUACCGAGACCUCAAAAUUUAAUUUAAAGAUAGACUCUUUGGAAAAAGAAAUUUUGGAUCUAAAAGGACAGUUAAUCAAAUUGAAAGAUAGCAACAAUUCUCAUCUAGGAUCUGAAGACAAAACUCCGCAUAAAAAAAUCAUCGAAUUAGAACAAGAAAAUUCAGAUCUCAAGGAACAAAUAAGGGCAUUUAAACAAGAAAAUUCCAAACUUAAAAGUGGCCAGCAAGUGGAGAACUUAAGUGUUGUGAUCGAAAGACUGUCAAAAAGUAUUACCGAAUUAACUAAUGAAAACCAGUCUUUUGUAGAAGAGAAUAGAAAACUAAAGCAAGAAAAUAGAAAUUUGAGGAAGUCCAGCAUUAAAAAGUAA